CCACUUCCUACUAUCUGCAAUGAAUGUUGGGCGUUCUGAUCGUGGAGUUUAUGGGGUAACACUUGUAUAAAGCAAGAAUGAUGGAUUGUUCCAACUCGAGCAGCAAUGACGACCCCCAGUUGAUAACAGAGACCCUCAAUUUUGAUGAAACAACAUUUUCAGUUCUUCCAGUGAUAGUAGAUGGUCAAACAAUCAGCCUUGCUGACCUAACGUCAGACUCGCUUGAAGCAGAGACGCUAUUGUCUGUGCCGUAUGGACCCACCAUCAUCACACUCAAUGAUGGAACCCAUGCCAUCGUACCAGACAUGCUACAAACAGCUAGUGAUGUGGUGCCUGUAGACGACUGUGGAUCUACAUCUUUAGUUGCAACUAAAAUAGAGCAGAAGCUGGAGAUAGAACCCACUGAGGAGGAUGAGAUUGUCAAUGUGGACUCAGAAGAGAAUGUGGAUAAAGAAGAAGAGGUGGAAGAAGAACCCAUGAAUCUGCCAGUGCUACUAACAGAAGAUUCAUCUUCUGCUUUGCUGGAAGCUCAUGUUUUGCAGCUUGAUGGAGGAACUCUUGCUUACAUACACUCUCAGCCCCAAGAUGGUAGCCAAGCAGUGGAGCUGGAGGAUGGCACAGUCGCGUACAUCACCCUGACACAGCAAACACAGGACCUACAAGUGGUGGAGCCUGAACCUCCAGUCAAGAAACAGAAGAGCUUCAUGUGUCCACAGGAAGGCUGCGGCAGACUUUACACCUCCUCUCAUCAUCUCAAGGUUCAUGAGCGGACACACACAGGCAGUAAGCCGUACAUGUGCGUCAUUGAUGGUUGUGGGAAAGCGUUCUCGACGGACUACAGUCGUAAAGCUCAUGUCCGCACGCACACCGGCGAGAAACCGUACAAAUGUCCAGAGAACCUCUGCACCAAGAGCUUUAAAACUUCCGGAGAUCUUCAGAAACACAUACGCACCCAUACAGGUGAACGUCCGUUUGUUUGUCCUGUAGAAGGCUGUAAUCGAUCUUUCACAACCUCUAACAUUCGGAAAGUUCACAUCAGAACACACACAGGUGAACGGCCUUAUGUCUGCAACGAGCCGUACUGUGACAAAGCGUUUGCUUCUGCGACAAAUUACAAAAAUCACAUUCGCAUUCACUCAGGAGAGAAGCCGUAUGCUUGUAAUGUCGAGGGUUGCAACAAGAGGUUUACUGAAUACUCUUCCCUAUACAAGCAUCACAUGGUGCACACACAAGAAAAACCUUACCAGUGCAAUGUCUGUGGUCGUAGUUAUCGUCAGGUCUCUACGCUGACUGUUCACAAACGGACAUCUCAUGGUGUGAUAGAAGCAGAUGAUGGGACAGAAAUUGUACUAGGAAAUGUGUUUACACAAAAAGUGCUUAAAAAUGCAAAUACCUCCAACCCUAAGAAAAUCAAACGCAUCAAAACAAUCACUACUAAUCUGCUGAGUACAAAUGAUGGAGACUACAUUGUAGACAGUGGAGGCUCCAUACAGAGGAUAUCUAGUGAACAAAUCUUCAUAAUUGAGGACAUCCCUGAACACCUUAGAGCAUUACAGCACAUAACAGAUCCUGAUGAUGAAGAGUUGCAAGCUGCGUUGGACCCCUUACAGGAGCAAUAAUAAACAUCGGGUUAGUGUCUCAUUGAUGGCCGAACAUAGUAUGUGUCCAAUACUGUGUCAAGCUACACUCACAAGUAUAAUCAAACUAGAUAAUGAAAUUGAUCAACAAAAAUGGCUGUGCAUAUUUAUAGUUUGUCGAAGAAGCAUUUAAACAAAUAUGUUUACUUCUUCGACAGUAAAAAGUUCCUUUAUACAGGAAUUUAUACAGAAUUUAUUAUGGAAACCAGGUACUAAACGGUGUGGAACCUGGUUUCCAUAUAAUAUAGUAGACAAUAUUGGUUUAAGUCAUAAGUAUAACCAGUGCUCGAUUUGUUAAAAAAUGAGGUGCCGUAACCGUAACCUAUUUAAUGUGACUAGUACCUAUUUUUGCCAAUAUUUUUACUUUCUCCUGCUAUACCAUAGUAUAUGGAGAAAGUAUUGUUUUAUCUUUCCGAAAGAGAGCAACUGGAACGCUGUUCUGCCUCAAAUCGAACACUGAGUAUAUAACUUCUUGGGAUGCAGGUACUAGACGAUUCAUUUGCGCUUCUUAGUCCAUUUAACAAACUGGUUAAAAUUUAUUUUAGGAAAUUUGAAUCUGUAUUUUCAAACAGAUCCUACUCCGUAUGAACCAAAAGACUUAUUGAUUUUAGAUCAAUGAUCAUUGUUUGACUUCAGUUUACUUUAUUGUAUCAUUACUGUUUUUUUUAGUGUAGCACAAGAAAGAAUAAUAAACAAUGUGCCAUGUGUAAAUACAACUAAAUACUUUGUAGAAAAUCGUGUUGUAAAAAAAGGAUAUUUUAACUUUUGUUACCCUUAAGCAAUUAGUAGUAGAUAUAUUUAUUUAUAAUUAGUUUUCAUUAUUUCUGUGCAGUUAUUCUUUAUAAAUGUAUAACUUCAAAAGUGAAUGAUAAAAUAACAAUUAAAACCUAUUUGGAGUUUAAAAUACUUUUUUAGGAAUUAUUUUUGUUUAACCAUUGAAUUGGACUUCCCUGAAUACAUGCUAUUUUUCUUAACCAAGUGCUGUGAACUUUAUAGAUCAAACACAAUUUAUUUGAAAUGUAGGCUACACUGAAUAAAGUGCAGCAAUGUUGCAUGGUAGCAACAUUCUUUAGAUUAGCAAAUUUUCACCUUCAAUUGUACUGACAUACACUUAAGUUAUUUUUAACCAAUCGACCACUCAAACAUGUUUGUUUCCAUAAUUGAGCCGCUACAAAUGCUUGACACUUGUAUAAAUCUCUAUGUCUGAUUUCUAAGGUCAACGGAAAUCUUGAAUAAGAACUUGAAAUGAAGUGCUUAACUUCUGCAAGAAUUCCUUUUAUGCUUAAAAUACCAUUAAUAUUAAGAGAACUGAAGCCGUGAAUAUACGUAGCAUAAAUUCAUAUACAUAAACUAGCUGGAUUUAUUAAUUAAUAUAUUGUUAUAUAUUGUAAAUAAAGAUUUUAU